AUGGCCCGGCAGAGUGCCCCGAUUGGCUGCGCGGGGGCUCGGCGAGUCCCGGGAGGAGGAGGAGGAGGCCGAAGGGCGUGCAGGCGCCAUCUCCCCGGGGCCUGCGAGCCUCUCCCCAUCUGCGGGUCCCACGGAGUCCUCCGGGGCUUGCAGGCACCGGGCAGCCGCCGACGGCCCGCGGCGGGCCGGUCGCGCCAUUCGUACCUCCUCCAUCGGCGGGGGCGGCGGCGCGGGCGGGCUCGCGCGGGCGGGGCCGGCGGGAGGGUGGUGUUGGCAGUGAGGCCGCCGCAGCCGAGACUCUCGGCCCGGCCCCGGCGCCGCGCGGGGACGGCAGCAGCGCGCCGCUCCUCGGUCCCGUCUCCGCGGCCCCCGCGGGCCGGGGAUCCUCCCCACGGAGCGCCCGUGCCACCGGUCAGCGCCAGGGAGGAGGGCGAGCCGAGGAGGCGGCGGCGGCGGCGCUCUGCAGCCCUCCCCCUCCCUCCCCUCCCCCAGCCGGCGCCUCCGAGGAGGGGCAGGAGCCAUUUUGGGAGCGGGCUGGCCCCCGCCCCUCCCCCGUCUACGGGACUCCGGGAACCCGAGACUCAUGUAGGGGUGAACAAGCCAGAGCCCAAGGUCAGACGGCCGGGCGACUCCGGGCCGCGCCCCCGGGGCAGGGGGAGCGAAGGGUGGGCGAGGGGCUGUAGGGCAGGCUCCCCUCCCCGGACCCCGGCUCCACCGGGCCAGGCCACCCGCCCUCCGCGUCAGCCCUCGGCCUCGAACCUCCAUCACUGCACUCAGACGCGGCGGGCCACGCGCCUGUCUUCUGCGCCGCGAGGGGACACCCGAGACCCUGCGCUCCCCGCCCGGUGCGGGGCGAUGACACAGCACCUUCGCGGGCUGCUCCCCUCCCCUCCUGCCCCCGGAGGCCCGGCCGGCCUCCACCCCGAGGUCCUGCACCGCGCGGCCCGCCGGGCCGGGACCCGGGACGCAGGCCCCGGGUGGGGGUGGGGCAGCUGGGGGUGGGGUGGGGGCGGCGGCGGGACGGGCCCCGUCCCGGCAUUCCGGAAAGUCACUGGGCCGGCCCUCCCUGCCCCCCGCAUGAGUCACCGGGGAGGCUGCGGCCGCUCCGGGGUUUGGAGAAGUCGCCCUGCCCGCCCGCCCCCUCCCCCGCGCGGGCCACUGGAGGGGGAGGGGAGGGGAGGGGGGGGGGCGCCGUCCCGGGGAGCCCUGGCCAGGCCGGCUCCCGGCUGCAGCACGCCGCAGCGCCCCGGCGCGGAGCCCACGCGGGUGGGCCCGGCAGGCCCCCCACGGGCCGCGCGUCCCGGUGCAGGGAGGCGCACAGAGCGGCGGCGGCGGCGCCCGGGCCUGCAGCGCUGCAGCGCGCCCUGGGCCGCGGGCUCGCCCGCCCGCUGCCCUCGACACGACCAAGGGCGCCCAGAGGCGCGCCGGCCGGCCGGGUCCCCCCACCACCCACCCAUCCCCGGGGACGGGCUCGGCGCCCGGGGCCGCCGUCGGUUCGCGGCCAGGGCCCGCCGGCUCGGCAGCGCUGCCCCCACCCCCGUCCACGCCGUCCCCCCUCUCACCUGGCUCCUGCACCCCCGGGGGACGGGCGGAAGGGGGGACCCGGCAGCCUCGCCCCCUGGCCCCUCGUUAGGGGACGCGGGCACGAGGCCGGCCUCCCCCCCUCCCCACCCCCGGUGGCCCUCGGGCUGGCCCCGGUCCACGCGCCCAUUGGCUGCCAGGUGUUUGAAAGACAAGCCUCCCCUCCCCCGGAGGCUCCCCUGCACCCCGAGAAUUCUCCCCACUCCCCACCUUUGCCUUAGGCCUGGAAACCACGGGCGGCGCCCCCGCCCCAGGGGCCCCCGGCUCACCUGGGUCCCGGAGCCACGGCGGGCUGGGGCUGGGCUGGGGUGGGGCGGGGGGAGCUUCAGAGUCGCCCUCGGCCCGGCCGGGGGGCGGGGGGGAGAGCACGGGAUCCGGGGUGUCAACCCCCCCCGGAAGCCGAGGCGGCGUGGGGGGAGGGGGCGGCGCCCCCAGCCCCUCCCUUCCCUGGCCGCUGGGGGUGGGGGAGGCAUCGGGGCCGCGCAGCCACGUCAGCAGCGCUCGGAUUGGCCGGCCCGGGUCACGUGCCCGCCGGCGCCGCGGCCGCGAGGGCGGGGCUCCCGAACGUUUCCCCAGGGCCGCGCGCGGGGGGGGGGGGGGUCCCAAGGGCGGCGCGGCCCGGGCCCGUGUCCCGAGACCCCGGCCCUCGCUGACGGCCGCGCGGCCUCGCCCAACUCUCGGCCUCCUGCGCGGCUGUGGCCGACCCCCGUCCCGCGUCCUCCUCCCCACCCCCCUCCCUCGCCUCUCGGUACGGGUUCAGCAUGGCCGCCACGGCCUCCGACACACACAGCGCGCCUGCGCAAAGGGUGUGCCUGGCCUGGGGGAGGGGAGGCGCGGGCCGCGCGGAGAGCCGUAGUGCGCAGGCGCGGGCUGCCCGGGCCGCCGCGGUGUCCUGGGAGCGCGCGAUGGGUGGGGCGGGGGCGCCCGGCCUUUGCCUCCGCGGCCUCUUCCCCGCCACCGCGGCCGCGGGAGUCGGCUCUUCCGGCCUGAGGCGGGGCCUGGCGACUCCUGCGGGAGUCCGCGCCGGGGGCACGCGGGGCCUGGCCGCCGCUGCGGGGCGCCCCUCCCUGCAGCGGUGGGGUGCGCCCCAUUGGACGUUUACAUCUGGAGUUGUGGGCUCUCCCUGCCCUUAAACUGCUCUCGGUGAGACUUGCAGAUACCUGAGCUCUGCCUUCUACCAAGUUUACCGCCGGGUUACUUCCCUGAUCUUGUGCAGGUAGACCAUUUAGCAAGGCCCCCACUGCGAAGAUUUUGCCUGCUUUAAUCACGAUUCUUUCCCGACACUCACUGGCCAUGCUCUCAGUUUCUGCGGCCAGUCUUACCAGUUUCUUUAAUUCUUCUCAGUCUUAGAUUUAUCCUAUUAAAAUUUAGGGUGCUAACUAAAUAUGUAAUGUGGUUGACUUAAAAAGUGAAGCUCACCUUUAUCUCUAGCGUGCGCUGUCGUUUUGGGUUUUGUUUUUUGUUUUUUCCAUUCAAAAUAUGGUCUGGAUUUCCACUUCCCACCGACAGACCACCUGCAUUCUCCAUGUGUAUACUGGAGCAUGUUUCUCAUUUUACCAGGGGGUUCUCGGUUUAAGGAAAUUGCUUUUGACCUGAUCAGCCUUCUCUGUUAACCUAAAGUUAUUUUGCCUGUCUAUUUUAGUUUCUUAGCCAAAAAGAACACCCAUUCAAUACUGUACCCUGACAGUAAGCAUUCACAAUGUCUUUCUCAACAGCGGGGAUCUGGACUUGUCUCUUCCCAGCUCCCUCCUCAUUUCCUGGUUCAUUCAACUUCUGUGUGUGGGAUUCUGGCCACCUUACCAGGACCUCCUGCCUGGCAACCUCAGGACCCACUUGAGUGUUCUCAUUUGACUUCUGAUUCCCUCUGCAUUGCCUGUGCUCCGUCUCCCGUCUGCCUUUAAGCCGUUUGGGCAGCUCUUGCCUGCGGGUUUGACAGGUUUCCACCCAUACCGUCAUCUUUAAUGACAAGCCUUUCAACUCCACCGUUAGUUCAGACAGUUCUCUUGAGCAGAACUCAUUAAGAAUUCCUGCUUGGAUAACCCGAGCAUGCUCAGAAUGACGUGGGCGCACAGUGCGCUAGACCUGCUCCUGGGUUAAACAUGGCAGCUUCCGAGUCAUAGGCCUGGAAUGGGGAGCGCUGUCCUUGCCCUUUCUCAUAGCUUUAAAUCCACCAGAAUCUUAGCAUUUUCUCCCUUCGCUACCCACUGAGACACACUACUGUGUCCUACAUAACCAGGGAAUCACGCCUCUGUCCUACCCCAUCACCUGGACUAAGUCUCUUUCCUGUGUAGUAGCCUGUAGCCAUGUAGCAGCUUGAAUUUAGAUCAGUAUUAAAUACAAUUUAGCCACAUUUGAGUUCUCAGCAGCCACAUACGGUUAGUGGAUGUCACGAAGCAGCACAGUUUAUAGGUUAUAGACUGAUUCUCUCGUAGAAGGCCUUGCUGUGUCAGUGUCCUGCCACUGGGCUUCGUCCCAGCCUGUGUUUUGGAGAGUGCUGCUCUGGGUGCUCCCUCCUGGCGUGUGCUCUAAGAGUGAGCCUCCUUCACCAGAGCUCUGCUCCUGUCUUACUUGGUAGUCCCCAGGGCUUCUCAUGUUAAAGUGCUGUUUGUGGGAAAGGUCUGCUUCCUGCAGCCGACUCCUCUCCGACCCUCAACCCCACCCAUGGGGCAGAUGUGUGCACUCAGGGAUGUUACCUUGUGCCUCAGUGUUUUACCCCUAGGUUCCCUCUACAUGGGAUUGGCUUUCCCUUAAUUUGACCCAAAAGACCCAAAAGGUCAACAUCUCCAAAGAGUGCCUACUCUUGACUGCUAAAUUAAGCUGAUUUCUUUGGACUCACAAUUGACUUUUCAUGGUAAAUCAUGUGAUCCCUUGCUUCUUGGUCACCCCUUCAUUCUGAGGUGGAGACUGUUGUGUUGGUGAUAUGUAUGGGGGUGUGUGUGUGUGUGUUUCUUAGACAGGG